AUGGAAACAGGAUCCGAGCAGGUUCAGCGAUGUCAGGGAUAUCGAAUCUUACUCCGCGGAGACCGUCUUUACACAAUGAACCAGACGCCUCCGAUCGAUGCGGACGCCAUCGCUGCUCACGCCGUUUCCGACACGGCGAGCUCCGGAGACAAACGAGAGAUUCAGAGUUUAAGAAUGCGGGGCGUUGUGGGAGCGGCGCGUUGCGGCUUGGUACGGGACGGCGUGGUGCGGGACGGCGUGGUGCGGGACGGCGUGGUGCGGGACGGCGUGGUGCGGGACGGCGUGGUGCAGGGCGGCGUGGGGUCACUUCUGUCCACUCGGACACUUCUCGCGGUGCAGAGGGAGGGGCCGUGGGGCGCCCCUCUGUUCACGGCUACUUUUAAUAACUCUGUCCAAAGCUCCAGACACUCGUCCUGGACUCUGUCAGUCUGUCACCGUUUAUUACAGCGCCAAGAUGGCCGCCUCCAGAGGACGGUUAGAAGAGGACGACUGAGAGAAGAGGAGGACGACGGAGAGAAGAGGAGGACGACGGAGAGAGAGAGGAGGAGGACGGAGAGAAGAGGAGGACAGAGAGAGAGGAGGAGGACAGAGAGAGAGGAGGAGGACGGAGAGAAGAGGAGGACGACGGAGAGAGAGAGAGGAGGACGGAGAGAAGAGGAGGAGGACAGAGAGAAGAGGAGGAGAACAGAGAGAAGAGGAGGAGGACAGAGAGAAGAGGAGGAGGACAGAGAGAAGAGGAGGAGGACAGAGAGAAGAGGAGGACAGAGAGAAGAGGAGGAGGACAGAGAGAAGAGGAGGAGGACAGAGAGAAGAGGAGGAGGACAGAGAGAAGAGGAGGAGGACAGAGAGAGGAGGAGGACAGAGAGAAGAGGAGGACAGAGAGAGAGGAGGAGGACAGAGAGAAGAGGAGGAGGACAGAGAGAAGAGGAGGAGGACAGAGAGGAAGAGGAGGAGGACAGAGAGAGAGGAGGAGGACAGAGAGAAGAGGAGGAGGACAGAGAGAAGAGGAGGAGGACAGAGAGAAGAGGAGGAGGACAGAGAGAGAGGAGGAGGACAGAGAGAAGAGGAGGAGGACAGAGAGAAGAGGAGGAGGACAGAGAGAAGAGGAGGACAGAGAGAAGAGGAGGAGGACAGGAGGAGGACAGAGAGAAGAGGAGGAGGACAGAGAGAAGAGGAGGAGGAGGACAGAGAGAAGAGGAGGAGGACAGAGAGAAAGGAGGAGGACAGAGAGAGAGGAGGAGGACAGAGAGAAGAGGAGGACAGAGAGAAGAGGAGGAGGACAGAGAGAAGAGGAGGAGGACAGAGAGAAGAGGAGGACAGAGAGAAGAGGAGGAGGACAGAGAGAAGAGGAGGAGGACAGAGAGAAGAGGAGGAGGACAGAGAGAGGAGGAGGACAGAGAGAGAGGAGGAGGACAGAGAGAAGAGGAGGAGGACAGAGAGAGAGGAGGAGGACAGAGAGAAGAGGAGGAGGACAGAGAGAAGAGGAGGAGGACAGAGAGGAAGAGGAGGAGGACAGAGAGAGAGGAGGAGGACAGAGAGAAGAGGAGGAGGACAGAGAGAGAGGAGGAGGACAGAGAGAAGAGGAGGAGGACAGAGAGAGAGGAGGAGGACAGAGAGAAGAGGAGGAGGACAGAGAGAAGAGGAGGAGGACAGAGAGAAGAGGAGGAGGACAGGAGGAGGACAGAGAGAAGAGGAGGAGGACAGAGAGAAGAGGAGGAGGAGGACAGAGAGAAGAGGAGGAGGACAGAGAGAAAGGAGGAGGACAGAGAGAGAGGAGGAGGACAGAGAGAAGAGGAGGAGGACAGAGAGAAGAGGAGGAGGACAGAGAGAAGAGGAGGAGGACAGAGAGAGAGGAGGAGGACAGAGAGAAGAGGAGGAGGACAGAGAGAAGAGGAGGAGGACAGAGAGAAGAGGAGGAGGACAGAGAGAAGAGGAGGAGGACAGAGAGAAGAGGAGGACAGAGAGAAGAGGAGGACGGAGAGAAGAGGAGGAGGACAGAGAGAGAGGAGGAGGACGGAGAGAAGAGGAGGAGGACAGAGAGAAGAGGAGGAGGACAGAGAGAGAAGAGGAGACAGAGAGACCAUGAAUUUGCAUGUUGUGGUCUGA